AAUUUUUGUGUCAGGAUUGAAAUUAAAAAGAAUUUAUUAGUUGGAACAUUGUUAUUUUGUUUAUUUGGGUUCUUGAUGGCAGCCCCUGGAAAUUACUCUCCUCUCUCUACUCCACCGGAAAAUCAAUGGGAUAGUCUAUUGGAGGAAAUUGAGGCUUUUGAACCCGAAAUGGUAUUCGAAAAUAUAGGCCUUCAACCCACAAAUCUUUCUAAUCCCCAAAUUCAGGUGGAAAAUACAGAAGGAAAUUCUACUGAAAAUAUACAGGAAGGUCCAAAAACCCCGCAGGAAAACAACCAGGAAGAAAAGAAAGCUAAAAGAGCUAAACUGGAAUCCCUUUUUGAAAGCUGGUUGGCAAAUCGCCCUACAACUGUUUGCUCUACAUCGGCACUCGGGGGACAGACAACACUUAUUCCUGGACCAUCAUCAACAACAACAAAUGUAUUUUCUUCUACUUCAGCAGUUGGAGCAACAACUACUAUGCAAUUUGUUUCUGCUACAAAUUCAGCAACACCACUCCCAUUGGCAAGCUAUAAAAUUCCUAAAAUUAGAAAAGAAGAGAUUAGUGGACCCCCAAAUUGUUACAACAAAAGACCAGCAAGCAAUUACGUGAAG